GUCGGAACUGAAGAAAAGAACGUAACCAUGGCCGGACGCAGAGCUGCACUCAAAGCAAUCGACUGGAUGGCGUUUGCCGAGAGGGUCCCACCAAAUCAAAAGGCAAUGUUCAACGCCCUCAAGACCAGAAGCGACGCCGUCGCUGGAAAGUUAGCCUCCCUUCCAGAAAAGCCUCCAACCAUCGACUGGGCCUUCUACCGUGCUGCAGUUCAGAAAGCUGGUAUGGUCGAUGAAUUUGAGAAGAAGUUUAGCUCCAUCACUGUCCCUGUUCCAAAGGAUACCCAGACUGAGAAGAUUAACGCACAGGAACAAGAGUCUGUUAAGCAUGCUCAAACCUACAUUCAAGAAUCCAAGACUCGGGUGUCUCAGUAUGAAAAAGAGCUAGAGAGGUACGUAAACAUGAUACCUUUUGACCAGAUGACCUUUGAGGAUCUACAUGAAGCUUUCCCCGAAACCAGACUGGACAAGGAGAAGCAUCCAUACUGGCCACACAAGCCAAUCAGUGAACUGUAACAUGUUUGACCACUUAACUAACUGUCCUUCUAGUUAAUAAAACAGAGAGCGUAUUACUCACUUGCUCUGCCUUCUUGUCAAUGCUUGCAUUAAAACAUUUUAGUACGCUUA